UGAUGAAGACCCUUGUGUUCUCCGUACUCUGGAUUCAGGAGAGGGAAGUCAUUUAAUGAAGGCUGAACUGCUGAUCUCAGAAUGUCUCUUACUAUUUCUCUGCUGUUUCUGCUCUUCAUGUCUGGACUUGUCGCCCCACAAUGGUGGGGUGUGAGUUACAACCCGAAAUAUAUCUGUGCUCUCAAGGGGUCUACAGUGACCAUAGAGUGCACUUAUACAUAUCCAAGGGGUCAAUCUGUCAUAAAAGCUUUCUGGUCCAAAUACUGGAUUAGAGGUGCAGAGCCUCCUAAUUUGUUAGCUGAUCCAGAGUACAGAGGCAGAGUUCAGUACCUCGGAGAUAAGUACAGAUACUGCAGUCUCAGACUGAGUGAUGUGAGAGAAAAGGAUCGAAGUAAAUACUACUUCACAAUUAUAACACGGACGUCUGCAGGAAGGUAUCAAGGUGAAGGUGGAGUUGAUCUUUCAGUCACAGAUCUCCGGGUGGAGGUUCCUGAGAGAGUGAUGGAGAGAGAUAAAGUCACUCUCACAUGUAAAACCAGCUGCAGACUGACAGUCAGACCAACAUUCACCUGGUACAGAAAUGGACAUCGUUUAUCCUCUAGGACUGAACAACUCUGCCUGCAGCCGGUCAGCAGGGAGGAUGCAGGCAGGUAUCGCUGUGCUGUACUGGGUCAGAACCUUCACUCUCCUGAAGUCACUCUUAAUGUCAGAUAUGGUCCAAGUAGUGUCUCAGUGUCCAUCAGCCCCUCUGGUGAAAUAGUGGAAGGCAGGUCAGUGACUCUGACCUGCAGCAGUGAUGGAAACCCACCUGUGGAAUAUAACUGGUUUAAAGGAAUAUCAUUAGUAGGAAAAGAAAAGACUUACACAAUGAAGAAGAUCAGCUCUGUGGACAGUGGAGAAUACAAGUGCAGAUCCAGUAAUGAACAUGGAGAGAAGCUCUCUGAAGCUCUAACUCUGAAUGUUUUGUAUCUUCAAAAGAACGUUUCGGUGUCCAUCAGUCCCUCUGGUGAAAUAGUGGAGGGCAGUUCAGUGACUCUGACCUGCAACAGUGAUGCAAACCCACCUGUGCAGAACUACACCUGGUUUAAAGGACCAUCAUUAGUAGCAGAAGGAGAGACUUACACAAUGAAGGAGAUCAGCUCUGUGGACAGUGGAGAAUACAAGUGCAGAUCCAGUAAUAAACAUGGAGAGAAGCUCUCUGAAGCUCUAACUCUGAAUGUUUCGUAUGCUCCAAAAAGUAUCUCUGUGUCCAUCAGUCCCUCUGGUGAAAUAGUGGAGGGCAGUUCAGUGACUCUGACCUGCAGCAGUGAUGCAAACCCACCUGUGCAGAACUACACCUGGUUUGAAGAAGGUGGAAACUCACCUGUAGGAUUUGGACAAAAUUACAGUUUUACCAUUGACUCCAAAGGCAGCAAAUACUACUGUGUUGCUCAGAAUAAAUAUGGGACUCAGAAAUCAGCUGCAAAGACAACAACUCUUAUGUAUGGACCAAAGAGCGUCUCAGUGUCUAUCAGUCCCUCUGGUGAAAUAGUGGAGGGCAGUUCAGUGACUCUGACCUGCAGCAGUGAUGCAAACCCACCUGUGCAGAACUACACCUGGUUUAAAGAAGGUGGAAGCUCACCUGUAGGAUCUGGACACAAUUACAGGGCUCCACAGAGUGGAUCCUACUACUGUGAGGCUCAGAAUGAACACGGAUCUCAGAAAUCAGAUGCAGUGACUGUCACUGAAAAAGGGGUUAAGAGUGCUGACCUGUUUGCUGUUCUUGGGGUCCUUGCUGGAUGUGGAUGUUUAUUUGUCAUCGUUGCUGUUUUGUAUUUUAGAGAAACCCCAGGAAUGCUGAGAGCUCUGCAGUGA